AAUACAUCCCAUCUCUUCCCCUCUCCUCAACUCAUCUCCUCCGGCGGAUUACCGCUGCCGCCUUCGCCGCCGGCGCCGCCGUUCGCCAUCACCGAGCAAGCAAGUGACCUCGCUGUUCGUCUCUCCCACCUCCUCCUUCUUCCGCUGCCUUCGAUUCUUGGUAGCGGGUGAUGGAUUACACCAACGCCAUCCACAUCAUCCCGGACGCGGCGGGCCCCGACGCCUGGGCGAACGCGGCGGCGCAGGGCGGGGACGCCGGGAUAUGGGCCACCGAGGACGACUACAACAGCCAGUGGAACGCCGACGGCGGCGGCGGCGGCUCCUCGAGGGCCGGGAGCGAGCAGCCACCUCCGGGCAAGAAAUCCCGCGGCGGCGGCGGCGGCGAAGGCGGCGGGAACACGAGCAAGUCGCGGGCGAUCGGGAAGAUGUUCUUCAAGACGAAGCUGUGCUGCAAGUUCAGGGCGGGGACCUGCCCCUACGUCACCAACUGCAACUUCGCCCACGGCAUGGAGGAGCUCCGCAAGCCGCCGCCCAACUGGCAGGAGAUCGUCGCGGCGCACGAGGAGGCCACGGAGGCGAGGGAGGAGCACCAGAUCCCCAUCAUGACGUCGUCGGGACCCACCGCCGGCGGCGACGCGGGCUGCGGCGGCGGCGGCGGCGGCGGCUCCGGGAGGGCCUACAAGGGGAGGCACUGCAAGAAGUUCUACACCGACGAGGGAUGCCCCUACGGCGACGCGUGCACGUUCCUCCACGACGAGCAGUCCAAGGCCAGGGAGAGCGUCGCGAUCAGCCUCUCGCCGAGCGUCGGCGGCGGCGGCGGUGGCGGGAGCUACAAUUCUGCGGCCGCCGCGGCCGCCUCCGCCUCCGCCGCGGCGGGGAAUGGGCCGAUGCAGAAGCCGUCGAACUGGAAGACGAGGAUCUGUAACAAGUGGGAGAUGACUGGGUACUGCCCCUUUGGCAGCAAAUGCCACUUCGCUCAUGGAGCAGCUGAACUCCACAAGUAUGGUGGGGGACUUGUUGACAUAGACAGCAGGGAUGCUGCAGCAACUCCCGACUCCAAGCAAGCUGUGGUAUCUGCGAAAGCUCCAGCAGAGACCGCUGCUGCAUCCACCACAGUGCUCCCUCAUGCAGACGUGUACCAUCUAGGCGUGCAGGCGCAGCGUUCUACCAUUGCCGGCCAAAGGUCUGGGCAGGUACAGAGGCCCAUUCAGAAAUGGAAGGGCCCUGACAAGAUCAGCAGGAUCUAUGGUGACUGGAUAGACGAAACCGAGUAGGCGAAAUCAAACCUUUGAUCUUUCGUCGCCACCACCUGAAGGCGAAAACAAGAUGCUAUAGUUAGCCAUUGGGAAAAACCAUUGUCUUGAGCGAAAAGGAGAUGUCAAUUAGUUAGCCAUUUUGGAAUCCUGGUCUCAAGACAUUUAGAUUAGCCAUGUGGAAACCUGGUCAGAGUCAAGACAUAGUCUGCGGGUUGUUAGACUGAAUUUUAUGUUGUGCUGUCUGUUGCAAUACCUGAUAUCAUGUAUGGUGCUUACAUGAUAUGAAGUCAUGGUUGCAAUACCUGUACCUGGAAAGUUAGAUAUGGUUAUCUGAAAGUAUGAACUGCCUGUUUACCUGUCA